AUGGAGCCAGAAACUAGCCCUAACUCUAGUGGCACUAAACCAGGUGCUGCAGACACUACUGGCAAGAAAGAAAAAUCCGCUGCACAGUUAAAAAAGGAAGCAGAAAAGGAAGCCAAAAGAAAAGCUAAAUUAGAAAAAUUUGCUAAGAAGCAGGGGAAGCAACAAGCUGCAACGAAGCAGGGAGGCGAUAGCAAGAAUACUGCAAAGCCUACUAAGAAGAGAGAAGUUACUAAAAUUUCUUACGAUAUUGAUACUAAACCAGGCGAAAAGAAAGAUAUCACUAGAUCUCUCCCAGAUAGUUACAGCCCAGCUUAUGUAGAAGCCGCAUGGUAUACAUGGUGGAUGAAGGAGGGCUUUUUCAAGCCGGAGUAUUAUACUGGAGAUGUAUCGACUCCUGUUCCUGGGGGAAAUUUUAUGAUCUGUAUACCUCCACCGAACGUUACUGGUUCUCUACAUCUGGGCCAUGCGCUAAUGUGCUCAGUUGAAGACUGUAUAACAAGAUGGCGUAGGAUGAAAGGUCAAAGAACUCUCUGGAAUCCAGGAUGUGAUCAUGCCGGCAUAGCUACACAAGUCGUAGUGGAAAAAAAAUUAUGGCGUGAACGUAAACUUACAAGACAUGACAUUGGAAGAGAAAAAUUUCUGGAAGAAGUCUGGAAAUAUAAACAUGAAAAGGGAGGAAGAAUCUAUGAACAAAUAAAAUGUCUAGCUGCUUCUGCUGACUGGGAUAGAGCAUUCUUUUCAAUGGAUGAUAAUUGCUGCAGGGCUGUUAAGGAAGCAUUCAUACGCCUUCAUGAUGAAGGAGUAAUUUAUAGGAACCUAAGAUUAGUAAACUGGUCGUGUAUCUUGCGCUCUGCGAUCGCUGAUAUAGAGGUUGAUAAGAGAGAACUAACGGGUCGUACUUUACUAAGUGUUCCAGGAUACGAUGAAAAAGUAGAAUUUGGUGUUUUAGUAUUGUUUGCUUAUCCAGUCGAGGAUUCUGAUGAACGACUGAUCGUUGCAACGACGCGUAUUGAAACUAUGCUUGGGGAUACUGCAGUUGCAGUUCAUCCCAAAGAUGAGCGUUACAGUCACCUCCGAGGAAAGUACGUUUUGCAUCCAUUUGCUGAUAGACGAAUGCCCAUCGUUUUUGAUGAUUUUGUAGAAAUGUCAUUUGGUACAGGAGCCGUUAAAAUUACUCCUGCUCAUGACCAGAAUGAUUAUGAGUGUGGAAAGCGUCAUAAUCUACCAUUUAUUGAGACGAUCGAUGAAAAUGGAAUGAUAACGGAUGCUUGCCCGCAAUUCAAGGGAAUGAAGCGAUUUGACGCCCGUAAAGCGGUACUCGAAGCUCUAAAAGAAAAAGGUCUUUAUAUAGAAACAAAGGAAAAUCCUAUGGUCGUCCCUAUUUGCAGUCGUUCCAAAGAUAUCAUUGAACCGUUACUAAAACCUCAAUGGUACUGCAAAUGUGAUGAUAUGGCUUUAAAUGCUGCUAAGGCUGUUCGAGACGGAAGAAUAAAAAUAAUUCCAAACAUGUUUGAAAAGACAUGGUUUCAAUGGCUUGAUAAUAUUAGAGACUGGUGUAUUUCUCGUCAAUUGUGGUGGGGCCAUAGAAUUCCUGCUUAUUUCGUUACUAUUAAUGAUCCUGAUGUAAAAAAUGGAUCUGAUGCUGACAAUCAUUUUUGGAUCAGUGCCCACAAUGAAGAUGAAGCUAUGAAUAAAGCUGUCAAUCGUUUUAACUGUCCAAAAGAGAAGAUCACCCUUAAACAAGAUGAAGACGUACUCGAUACAUGGUUUUCAGCUGCACUUUUCCCAUUUGCAAUAUUCGGUUGGCCAAAUGAGACUCUAGAUCUUAAGACAUUUUAUCCUGGUAGCCUUCUUGAAACUGGGCAUGAUAUACUUUUCUUUUGGGUUGCAAGAAUGGUAUUCUUUGGAAUGAAGCUAAUGGGAGAUGUACCUUUUAAAGAAAUUUACUUGCAUGCGAUUGUCCGUGAUGCACAUGGAAGAAAAAUGAGCAAAUCACUAGGCAAUAUUAUUGAUCCUUUGGAUGUUAUCUCAGGGAUAGGUUUAGAGGAUUUGCAUGAACAAUUAAGAAAUUCAAAUUUGGAUAAAAAGGAGAUAGCUAAGGCUAUACAGGGCCAGAAAGAAGACUUCCCUCAAGGCAUUCCAGAAUGUGGUGCAGAUGCUCUAAGAUUUACUCUUUUGGCUUAUUCUUCCCAAGGUAGAGAUAUCAAUCUUGAUGUAGGACGUACCUGGGGGUACCGGAAGUUUUGCAAUAAAAUUUGGAAUGCAACGAAAUUCGCUCUAAGUGUCAUUGGAAAUGACUUUAUCCCUUCAACUCAAGACUUUACGAAAGCAUCCUUAAUAGAUCAAUGGAUCCUUAAUCGACUCAGUAUGGCCACUGAUGUUUGCAAUAUGGGCUUUGAAACGUACAUAUUUCAAGAUAUGACUACGGCUAUAUAUAACUUUUGGUGGUACGAUCUUUGCGAUGUCUACAUUGAAUGUUUGAAGCCAGUUUUCCAGAAUUCAAACAAAGAAGCUCAAAACAUUGCUCGAAAUGUACUAUACAUUUGUUUAGAUCAUGGUCUUCGCCUACUUCAUCCAUGUAUGCCGUUUGUCACUGAAGAACUUUGGCAGCGCUUACCUAAUAGAACCAAGGAUUCGCCGCCGAGUAUCUCCGUCGCGAGAUAUCCCGAAAAUUUAUCUUGGAGGAAUACGAACAUUGAAGAUGAAGUUAACCUUUGCCAAGAAGUUGCGCGUGUUGUUCGUUCUAUUCGUACGGAAUAUCAAACCAAUAAAACAAAAACCGAUAUUUUUGUUAAAUGUACAAACGAGGAAAUCGCUUCUACUGUCUCGAAAUACCGUCAAGAAAUAACUACAUUGAGCUAUUCAUCUAACUUGUCCGUGAUCACGACUGGUGAUACACCACCAGGUUGUGCUAUUAGCACUGUAUCAGAUAAGUGUGAAGUUCACGUUAUGCUCAGGGGGAUUAUAGAUGUUCAGAAGGAAUUAUCUAAGCUUAGUACUAAGCAAAGUAGGCUAAAUGAACAGUUGCAAAAGUUGCAAGAAUCUACUCAGAGUGACAACUACGACAAGGUAAGCUUUGAUAAUAAUCAACCAAGGCAAGGCAGAUACCCAUUGUUGACAGUCACGAAAAAUAUUGUUCGUACAUGCUACAUAAUCUACCGAGAAUAG